GACGGAAAGAUCCUUAUUCUCAAUACCGUUCGCGAUUCGCGUGAUUGUCGCGUCGAUUAUCAUCAGAAUUUCGUAUUGCUUGAGGAACAAUUAAUUUGCUAUUAUCAUUAACAUAUUAAUCAAGUCGUACUACGUUCCUCUCUGUUAUACGAUCGUAAACUCGAUAUAAAGAAAUUAUACUUUUGUAGAAACACGCCAAAAUUCGUGCCUGUACCAAAUGUCUUAAACUUAACCUCCAAACGCGAGAAUAUUUUUUUAGGUUAGGUAAUAAUACGGUCUUUAUAUACCGCUACAUUUUUCACAGUUGUGAAGAUACGUAUAAAAAAAUGCCCGCACCGAAUUCUAUCAGCGUAGCUGUUAUUUGUUCCAGCAAUAUGAACAGAAGCAUGGAAGCGCACGCUUUCCUGAGCAAAAAGGGCUUCAACGUGAAAUCAUUUGGAACUGGGGAUAAGGUGAAGCUACCUGGAAACGCACCGGAUCGUCCUAACAUUUAUGACUUUGGGACAUCGUACGAUGAGAUCUACAAUGACCUAUUGACAAAAGACAAACAAUAUUAUACACAGAAUGGUUUAUUGCACAUGUUGGAUCGAAACCGUCGGAUAAAACCUAGACCAGAACGAUUUCAAUUAUCCAAGGAUAAAUUUGAUAUCUUAAUUACUUGCGAGGAGCGUGUGUACGAUCAAGUAAUUGAAUGUAUGGAAUCUAGAACUCAGGAAGAUAAUCAACCUGUGCAUUUAAUUAAUAUUGAUAUUCAAGAUAAUCAUGAAGAGGCCACCGUAGGAUCAUUUCUUAUAUGUGAACUAGUCACAGUGCUAGCGAAUAGUGAGGACUUAGAUAAUGACAUAGACGAAUUACUUCACGAAUUUGAGUCGAAAUUCUCGAGGACGAUAUUACAUACUGUGUUGUUUUACUGAAGAUCUGUUACUCAUAAGAACAGCCAUUUAGAAAAUGGUGUUCGUCAAACUUUACACACACAUACACACAUGAACUUAUUUAUAAGAGAAAAGUUAUAUAUAUAUAUAAGUUAAAUAUAUAUGCCGCGUAUACUUUUAUUCAUCGAAUCGUGUGGACUGCAUUCUGAUACGAAUGAAGAGAAUUCUAUUGUGCUUCCUACUUAACAGAUGAUCAUUUGAAAUCUGAUUUCUGCGCGGAAUUGAACUUCUGCACUUUAUUGCCGAGGUUAUUGCCGUUAUAGAUGUGCUGCGAGAUUCGCGGCUGUACAUCGUACAUCGUACAACUGCUUAUCGAACGUAGCAUGUCGGGUUGGGGUGCCGAGAUUUUUAGUACGACGUAAAUAUAUUAAUGAAGUAAUAAAAUAUAGAGAGAUAAAAUAUAAAAUCAUUUUUUUACAAGUCAACCACAGAUUCAUAUGUACAUGUAUUGUAUACAAUAGAUAAUACGCAUUGCGGGAUGCCAAUACGAUCCCGUCUUCUCACGAUCCGUAAUUAUAUCGCAGAUUGUAUGUGAAAAA